GGAUCAGGCAAAUCCAGCGAGUGAUGUAGUUUCUCACACAGAGGCCGCCGGUCAGUGUUAUGCCGUCUGUUAACAAAACACAGGAGAAAGAAGACUAUCGACAAACACGCCUUUUAUCCACCUUUUUAUUGGCGUAUUGUUUUUACAGGUCGCAUUGUCUCGUUCGGGCCACUUCUUUGCUCUCAUCCAUCUGCUCGGGCGGCUGCGGCUUGCUGGUAAACACGAAUCAUGCCGCCGCCAACGAUUCCCUCCGGUGCAAUUCAUUGGUGUAACGGGUGCUACUGUGGUAAUGGACCUUACGCAGAGUGUGUCACGGCGAUGAGCGUCUUCAGGAUCUUCUGUGUGAUGUGCGCCUUGGUCCUCAUCCUGACUAUCUUCUGCUACUGCUUGAGUAAACUAAACCAACACGGUAGUGAAUGGCUUGGAUACAUAGAGGUGGUUUAUAAUGGAGAUCCAAAAAAGUUGAAUCUUCCUGAGACGUGUGCCGUGUGUCUGGAGGACUUCAAAGUGAAAGACGAGAUGGCAGUGUGUCCAUGCCAACAUGGUUUCCACAAGAAGUGUCUGGUAAAGUGUCUGAAGGUACGCCGCUGCUGCCCCACGUGCAACAAAACCACUUGUGAGCCCAUUGUGGAGCACUGGGUCGAGCCUAUCGAGUAUAUUAACCUACCAAUAUAGUUUCUGAAACCCUGCCGGCCCGGGUGGGACGCCCCGUCCUGGCCAUACAAGCUUAUGAAAGGUAGCGACCAACUGGAAGAGAGACACUGUUUUUGUUGGGGCAAUGUAGAUGCAACCCGGAGAAAGAAUCUGAAGUAUGCUGUUGCCCAGCAACCAUCUCUGGGAUGGGAAAAGGACACCUUGUGGCGUCUCAGAGAUUAUUUCAGUACACCACACAUCCCGCUCUGUAACAUCGUUGCCUCGAGUCGGGUUGACGGCACCAGCGAAGAAGAGUUUUUAAGUUUUCACCGUAGUUCUGUGUUGAUAUAAAUUGCACCUUGGAUUCACCCAUUGUUUUUCUAUUAUAGUAAGAGUUUUGAAGGCAGCGUUGCAGGUUUCAUCUUUCCAGGUGUGAAUUAUUUGAUAAAAGUCUGAAGUAUCAGAGAUGCUGUUUCAUCUGAAGACAAGCGAGGCAGCAGUUCAGUUCCUCAGAGUUGUGAAUUCACCACAUAUAUUUCUGUGGCAUCACUGCUGAGAUUCAGUCUCUACAUUCAUUCCCUGUUGUGGUUCUUUCUUUUUUAUGAUUUAUAGCGUAUUAUAAAGCAAAACACUGCCGACAGCUCAAAACUCUCAAAGCACAUUGUCCGGACACAGGCGGCACCUGCACUGUAAUCAAAAGCCAAACAUACACAUGAGUGCUCUCAAACUCACAUGCCAAGAAAAUAGAUUUGUUCGCUCUGAUUCUGGCCACCUUCCACAUUUUGUAAUUGAAACGAAUGUAAAUCACAACAAAACAAUAAUAAAUACGGUUGUCUGUUUUCUUCA